AUGCCACCUUUUCGCCAUAUACUUCCGCAACCCGCUGUAAAUACUGAAAACAUUCAAACAGAUAAUAAUGAUGAUAAUACCGAACAUCAGAGAUCUCGACGACCACGAGCUACAAAUAGACCACGAAAAAGAAGAUUGUAUAAAAUUGCUCUGAAUUUUCAAGAAACAGCUUUGGCUGUACGUCACACUCUGAAACCUCCUCGAGUUUGUUCUUAUUGUGGUGCUAAACUCUUUUCUGGUGAAACAGAAGGAAUAUAUUGUAUUAGCGGAAAAAUUAAAACUGACGAAAUGGGGAAUCAUUUCCGCGUUAAUAUUCGUGCUUAUAAUAGCGCUUUUGCUUUUACAUCUAUGGGAGUUAAAAUAGAUAAAGCACUUGCUAAUGGAUCUCUCAUACCAGAUGAUGAUACCCCAAGAUUUCUUCAGUUAUAUAUUUAUGAUACUGAACAUGAAACAGAUAACAGGCUCACUAUUAUGCCUAAGCUUCGUCGUGACAUUCUAGAAAUUCUAGGAUCAAUAUUAGAUCAAUUUAAUCUGUUUGUCAUUAAUUUUCGCUCAAUUUCUUCACAUAACUUUAUAAACAACCUUCAACUUCAUAUUAAAGCUGACCAUGGCUUGGAUCAACGAAUAUAUAAUACUUCAGCAGCUUCCAAGUUGCAGCUAUAUGGGUGGAAGUCCGAACGACUUAAUUAUUUACGAUUUAAUCAAGAUAAGCUUCGUAAAGAACUUUAUCAAGGUUUAUAUGAUUCGUACUAUUCAGGAAUAACAAAUGCAUCGAAUAUUGGUACUCAAACUGUCCUAACAUCAUCCUUUAUGGGAAGUUCUCGCGAUCUAUAUCAACGAUAUCAGGAUUCAAUGGCCUUAGUUCAGACUUUUGGUAAACCAGAUUUGUUUAUCACAAUUACCUGUAAUUCUAAGUGGACCGAGGUCUCUUCCGAACUUUUACAAGUACAAAAUUCACAGGACAGACCUGAUAUUACGGAAUCCUGCUGGAGAAUUUUUAGUUUUGACAUGUCACAAAUUAAUCCAUCAGUAGUUCGUUUACAAAUUUACCUUCCUCAUCAACAAACAGUAAUCUUUUCACAAAACACUGAACUCAACAAUAUUAUUAACGACGAUCAAUAUAAAAAAACAAUAUUAACUAAAUACUUUAAAAUAAACAAAAAUGACCCAAAUGCUAAAAAUUAUUUUUACCAUGAAUUUCCACGUUAUUACGUUUGGAAUAAAAUGAAUAAGAAAUAG